CAUUCGGCGGCGAGGAGGCAGAGCAAAAGCUUCUUCCUUGAGACACACCAAUAUCUUGUGACUAUUGAUCGCCUUCGAUUUUUAUAUGUCGUCAGUUGAACGCCCUUAGAACGGGUUCAUUUUGUGCGGAUAUUUUAAAUAAGGGAGAUAACUCUAGAAGAGAACCUUCCCUCCAAAGUAUGUGGGCGUUAUAGUACAAGUUAUAGGCGUAUUUGGGUGGAGCGGUUUUUCUUGUCGGCUAGUUCAAAGUACUGACGUCUAGUUAGUCUGAAGUGAGAUCGAUGGCGAACGCUUGACAAACGACACGUUGCUGACGUCGCACCUGCGCGACUCGCCGCUAAUCCAAAGUCGCGGCUACAAUGCGGCGGAAAAGCACUCUCAAAUGCGAGCUUUUCGCCACACCUGCCCCUGGCCUCAAUUGAUCCAAGUUGGCGGAGUGAUCUUCACCCGAUUUUCGUCCUUAUCAUCAUUAUGUUUCGAUUGCCCUUUCGCCAGAUGGCAGCACGAAACUUUGCAAACAAUGACCGCACCUGGUUUGUUGAUGAAAGUUGCAGCUAUUCUCUAUAGCGUAUAAGCGAGCCUAUAUAGCCGCGAGUGGCUACACCAUCAAGAGAACAAAAGCCUCGCUAGAUUGCUGUUUACCUGGCAAACACGUCCUCGUCACAUUUUGCACUGAAGCGCCAAAAGCCUCGCUAUCGUGAGACUGUGUGCGGGCGAAUGUUGUUCGAUUUUUGUCCGUAUUUUUUCUAUCGCUUCCACUUUAUAUUUUCUUUUUGAGUAUAGCCUACGCGCGAAUAAAAAUUGCACGCUCGCGCGCAUCAUUAUUACGAGCAUAUUGAGAUAAGUCGUUUCAUUGUUAAAACGCCUUUGAUCUUGAACCGACGCGGAUUUAGCAGCCGACUAGGAAUGUAUGAGGGAUGGAAACGCUUUUCGUGCCAUUCCUUAUUCAUAUCAGUUAUAUUAUCGCCAUUGUCUUCGCAGGCGAAUACAUAAUAGCAAGUAAUAUUAAGGUUCCGUCCUGAUAAGCUGCUAUUGGCCAACAAAGAUGGUCAACUAAGAUUUAGAUUUUUUUCAAAUGUUCUUUUUCAAAAGGAAAGAGAAAUGCAGUACGUUAAAAUAAGCUUCUCAUUGGUUGGGAGGAGCAUAGUUUCUGGUCAGUGAUUGGCUACCUUGUUUACAGGAAGUGUAAGGCGGAGUCUAUGACGUUUGAAUGGCGCUUCGCCUUGUGUCGCGGCAAAUAACGUUCGGACUUCGAAGAGACAACGUGGCUUAUCUCGGACUUUGAAAGACUUUUUAUCUAGGCCUAUAGAAUGCUGACGGCAAAGCCGACCUAUGAAAGUUCGACAGGCGCUUCGAAUACACUCACGUAUUCCUCAUAUUCUCCUAUGUCUACGCCGAACCUUACUCCUAUGAGUGCACCAAUGCCGCCCUCUAUGUCUUAUCAUGGUCAGGCACCAAUGGGUGCCAUGGGAGGUAUGAACUCGAUGUGCGGUAUGACCGGUAUGAGCAGCAUGGGAAUGAUGAGCGGAGGAAUGGCUUCACCGAUGAACGGCUCGUUUGGAGCGUCUCCCUCAGCUCCAGGCUCAAUGAUGGCUCCUCAACCGGGUAGUAUGUCACCCAUGAGCAUGGAACGCAUGCAGGCGCUAAAUAGGGCACGCGAGAAGACUUAUCGCCGAUCCUAUACUCACGCAAAACCGCCAUACUCCUAUAUCUCGCUCAUAACUAUGGCUAUUCAACAAAGUCACAAUAAAAUGUGUACCUUGAGCGAAAUUUAUCAGUUUAUAAUGGAUCUGUUUCCUUUCUACCGUCAAAACCAGCAACGUUGGCAGAACUCGAUCAGGCACUCGCUCUCAUUUAAUGACUGUUUUGUCAAAGUUCCACGUUCUCCCGAUAGGCCGGGAAAAGGGUCAUACUGGACUCUCCACCCGGAUUCGGGUAAUAUGUUUGAAAACGGAUGUUACUUACGUCGGCAAAAACGCUUUAAAGACCCAAAAAAAGAGGCUCUCAGACAAGCGCAACGCGCAUCGGGCGUCGAUGAACACGGAAAUCCUUUACCGGACGACGAAGAUGACAAUCACGACGGUGGCGAACACUCUUCGCCGGAAAAAGAUGAUUGUGAAUCAGGAGGACCGGGGCCGCAAACUCAUCAGCCGCAUCAACAACUGCAGCCAAAUAAUAGCGCCGUUCACGACGGCUAUUUAAUGGGAUCGACUCUACACGAUCUAGCCGGAGAUGGACCUACUGGACAACCAAUGCAAGGUAAUCCCGAAUGUGGUGUAGCAACAAAACAGGAACCUCCCUCUGUAACUUCACCACACGAUACAGAUCUCGCUCUACGUCAACAAAUGGUCUCCAUGUCGGAGCUUCAGCAUCCGGGCAUGUUGAACGCCUUUAAUCACCCAUUUUCGAUAACGAACAUUAUUUCGUCUGCUGAACAAGCCAAAUUAGACCUGCGAAUGUACGACAUGCAAGCGUAUCAUCCGUCGAAUUACGCCCCAAACGCUUCAACAGCAGGUCCAAUAACGAAGGAUUGUUUAGGAAAUGGCCAGAACGUCUCCCCCAUGCACGAUUAUUAUAAAUCAUACGCCGGUCCGCAACCUCUCUAGGAAGAAUGGCGAAUAGAACUGCUUCUCUCGUCUGUGAUGUUCUCUCGCUGGCGCAACAUUGGCGGUAAUCUCGAAAAAAUUUUUUGUAUACACUUUUUUUUCUAUUAAUAUUAUAUAAAUAAUAAUUGCAUGCAUGUGUGCAGGCGCGCUGUCGUGUAUAUAUAUUUCACCUGUAUUCAUAUAUUUAUACAUAUGUAUAUACAUACAUAUAAAUACGGAUAAUGAGACUAACCCAUACGUAUUUAUAUGUAUUCUAUACAUAAUAUAAAUAUCUAUGUAUAGAUUGUAAGAAAAUUGAUAAUGUCGAUCUAGUUACCUAAAUUUUGUGGUUACUUCGACGACAUACUUCGUAAUCAUUCCAAAAAGACCAGUCAAUUUUUUAAAUAUAUAUAUAUAUAUAUGCAGUACAUAUAUUUAGUAUAUAGAUAUCUAUAUGUAUAUAUAUAUAAACUAAUAUAUAUAUAUAUAUGUAU